AUGUUCCGCGAAGCCUUGGGCCUAGUGGCCCGCGAGGCCAAUGAGAACGGCGUCAUUGCCAUCACUGACCCAUGGCCCGUCAAAGACAUUGUUUACUGCGCUAUUGUUGGCGGAGUCAUGCUUAUGGCCUUGCUCGAGUGGUUCCUCUGGGUCGCCGCUUUCCUGUAUUGCCUGGUCAAGGUGUACCAGAAAGCCGAGAACACCAGCAUCAAGAUUCUGGCUGUUAUCAUCAGUAUCCUGUUCACUCUGCUCAGAUUUAUUUUCCUCCCCAUCAUGAUCGUCACUCUCCCGCUCCCAUCGCAGGUCGUGCAAUACUUCCCGGUGCCCAUGGUCGAGUUUUUCCAGUGGUUUGCCUUCUGGUCCUUCGCUGGUCUCCUGACCGUUCCUUGGCUUUUCUGCGUUUUCCAGCUGGUUACACACUCCAUUGGUCGCACGAAGAGGAUUAAGCAUGUCUUGGACGAAGCAUCCGCCCCCAAGGUCGUCAUCAUCAUGCCGUGCUACAAGGAGAUUCCCGAAGUUCUCAUGCGCACCAUCGACUCCCUGGUCGAUUGCGAAUACCCGCCCUCGUGUCUGCACAUCUUCCUCUCGUUCGACGGCGACCAAGAGGACGAGCUUUACCUGAACACCAUCGAAAAGCUUGGCGUUCCCCUUACCCUGGAUACAUACCCCAAGAGUAUCGACGUCACCUACCGUAGCUGCCGUAUCACCGUCUCCCGCUUCAAGCACGGUGGCAAGCGUCACUGCCAGAAGAGUACCUUCAAGCUCAUCGACAAAAUCUACUCCGAGUACCUCAAGCGCAACGACAACCUUUUCGUGCUGUUCAUCGACUCCGACUGCAUCCUGGACAAGGUUUGCAUCCAGAACUUCAUGUAUGAGAUGGAGCUCAAGCCCGGAAGCAAACAGAACAUGUUGGCCAUGACUGGUGUCAUUACCUCGACCACCGAGAAGAACAGUCUGAUCACCAUCCUGCAGGACAUGGAGUACAUUCACGGCCAGCUUUUCGAGCGCUCUGUCGAGUCUGGCUGCGGUGCCGUCACGUGUUUGCCCGGCGCCCUCACCAUUCUGCGUUUCUCCGCCUUCCGUAAGAUGGCCAAGUACUACUUCGCCGACAAGGCCGAGCAGUGCGAGGAUCUCUUUGACUACGGCAAGUGCCACUUGGGCGAGGAUCGCUGGCUGACUCACUUGUUCAUGAUCGGAGCCAAGGAGCGCUACCAGAUUCAGAUGAACACUGGUGCUUUCUGCAAGACCGAGGCCGUCCAGACGUACAAGAGUUUGCUCAAGCAGCGUCGCCGUUGGUUCUUGGGAUUCAUCACCAACGAGGUUUGCAUGCUUACGGAUAUCCGCCUUUGGAGGAGAUACACCAUUCUCUGCAUUGUUCGCUUCAUGCAAAACACCAUCCGGACGACUGCCCUGCUUUUCUUCAUCAUGGUCAUCUCCAUCAUCACCACCUCUCAGAAGAUCUCGAACCUGCCCGUCGGUUUCAUCGCCGUCUCUCUCGGUCUCAACUGGGUUCUUAUGCUCUACUUUGGUGCGAAGCUGGGCCGUUACAAGAUCAUGCUCUACCCCAUCAUGUUCGUUGUGAACCCCUUCUUCAACUGGUGCUACAUGGUGUACGGAAUCUUCACUGCUGGCCAGCGUACCUGGGGUGGUCCUCGUGCCGAUGCCGGAUCUGCUGACAGCAACACGACCGCCCAAGCUGCUAUCGAGCAGGCCGAAGCGACUGGCGACGACCUUAAUGUCGUCCCCGAGACGUUCAAGCCGGCUGCCCAGCUCCAACGCCAGAAGUCGAAGAAGGAGGGCCGUGCGCCCCAGCUGCCGCUCAUGCCGUCGGAUCACUUGGAGGGUCGUUUUGCACCUGCAGAAAGGCUUCCAGGAGAUAUGCUUCCUCGCGACCCCAACGCACCGCGGCUGCCGCUCCACCCUCGCGAGUCCUUCGAUUCCUUCGUUACGCAGACAUCCGGUGGCAACAACUCGAUUUACAUGCCUCGCCGUGUCGAAUCCGUCAUGGACGUCGAGGGCGUCGCGGCCUACCACCUCGCUCAAGCUGCUCAGCGUCCAGCAGGUGGUGCGUUCUAUGAGCAGGGUCCUAGCACCGCACACUCCAAUUACGGCUACUACGAGCGCAAGGACCUCCGCGAAGUCGGCGACCAGCCUGAUCGCCAGCAGCACAUGCGCGUCGCCAGUGACAACAGCGUUUACUCCUCGCGUUCCAAGUCGCCUGGUUUCGGUUCCUCUCCGCUGGCGGCUGAACUGAAGGAAUACAGCACCGCCGACGCCAACAGGGGCCACCCAGCCCUGUCAUCCCAUCAGCCCAGCAACGACUCGCCUUACUCCAACUCCAACGCCAGCAGUUCCGCUUCCAGUCUCACCGUGCCCCCUCCCAGCCAUCGCCCAACCGGUUCCAUCGGCAGCGCCAGCCGCCAAGGCCGUAGCCCGCUUGCUCGUGCCAGCUUCGUCCGCACGAGCGAGCACGUCGACCUCGAGUUCGAGAUGCAGAUGCAACAACAGUCGCUGAUGGACCCGCGCGACCGCAGCCGCAGCCCCGUUGUCUACAGCGUUCCGGAUGUCCAGGUUCACCGGCCCACCAUGCCUUCCGAUGAGGCACCCGCUGCCGAGCCCAGCUCAGCGGCAGCUCAGCAACAGGGUGGCGGCCAUGCGCGCACCGACAGCCGCGACAGCGAAGGCAAGAAGCGGAAGAGGCUGACCAAGCAGCCGCCGGGCAGCCGCAGGCACAGUCAGACUGACUGA